AUCUACGCGGCGGCGGCUUGUUUUUGUUAACAAUCACAAAACAGUUGCUGCUUCGAAGGCGCAAAGUGCAGUCCGUCCGUGAUUUGAUAUUUGAAAAUGGCAUCGAUCGGAAAAAUCGGAUUCCUCGGGGGCGGUAACAUGGCCAAGGCCUUGGCCAACGGAUUCCUCUCAGCCGGUCUGGCCAAGCCGAGCGGAAUGAUUGCCAGUGUCCAUCCCGCGGACAAGGUCUCCCUGCAGGCAUUUCAGGCCCUGGGCGUGGAGACCGUCGUGCAGAACGCCCCCGUUGUGGAGCAGGCCGAGGUGGUCUUCGUGUCCGUAAAGCCACAGGUGGUGCCAGCUGUGUUGAAGGAAAUCAAGCCGCUCAGCCGCGGCAAGCUGUUCCUAUCCGUUGCCAUGGGCAUCACCCUGCAGACGAUCGAGUCCAGCCUGUCGCCGGAGUCGCGUGUGAUCCGCGUGAUGCCCAACAUCCCGGCCGUGGUCCGCUCCGGCUGCUCGGUGUACGUGCGCGGCAGCCAAGCCAGCGAUGCCGAUGCCCAGAUCACGCAGCGCCUCCUCGAAUCGGUGGGCACCUGCGAGGCUGUGGACGAGUCACAGCUGGACACGGUCACGGCGCUGAGCGGCAGUGGGCCUGCCUACGUCUUUGUGAUGAUCGAGGCCCUGGCCGACGGCGCUGUUCACAUGGGUAUGCCGCGGGACCUGGCCUACCGACUGGCCGCGCAGACGGUAUUGGGCGCCGGGCAUAUGGUGCGGGACAGCGGCAUGCAUCCCGGGCAGCUGAAGGACAGCGUAACCAGUCCGGGGGGCUCAACAGCAGCGGCCCUGCGGCAGCUGGAGCUAUCAGGUUUCCGAGCAGCGGUUGCGGGCGCCGUGGAGCAGGCGACGCUGCGCUGCAAGCAGAUCUCCGGCCAGCAGUAGACGUAGACGCAUUAGAUUUGUUUAUAUUAUUUAUAGGCUACCAUAAUUCGCAUGAUUCUGUACAAUAUCGAAGGUCUGUCUGCGGUAGACAGAGCCGCAGAAGAUUUCCUGAUAGUAAAAAACACUUUGCUCCAGUCA